AUGCCUUACGCCCUAUCUGAAUCUCACAAGCAAUUGGUCUCUGCUCACUUGACUGAAACUGAUCCAGAAGUUGAACAAAUCAUCAAGGAUGAAAUUGACAGACAAAAGCACUCUAUCGUGUUGAUUGCUUCUGAGAACUUCACCUCUACCUCUGUUUUCGAUGCAUUGGGAACUCCAAUGUGUAACAAGUACUCCGAAGGUUACCCAGGUGCAAGAUACUAUGGUGGUAACGAACACAUUGACCGCAUGGAAUUGCUAUGUCAAAAGAGAGCUCUGGAAGCUUUCAACUUGACUGCUGACAAGUGGGGUGUCAACGUGCAAACUUUGUCUGGUUCUCCAGCCAACUUGCAAGUUUACCAAGCUUUGAUGAGACCUCAUGAAAGAUUGAUGGGUUUGUUCUUGCCAGAUGGUGGUCACUUGUCUCACGGUUACCAAACCGAGAACAGAAAGAUUUCUGCUGUUUCCACUUACUUCGAAUCUUUCCCAUACAGAGUUGACCCAAAGACUGGUAUUAUUGACUACGACACUUUGGAAAAGAAUGCUAUUUUGUACAGACCAAAGAUUUUGGUUGCUGGUACUUCUGCAUACUGUCGUUUGAUCGAUUACAAGAGAAUGAGAGAAAUUGCUGACAAGGUCGGUGCUUACUUGAUGGUCGAUAUGGCUCACAUUUCUGGUUUGAUCGCUGCUGGUGUCAUCCCAUCUCCAUUCGAAUACGCUGAUAUUGUCACUACCACCACCCACAAGUCUUUGCGUGGUCCAAGAGGUGCCAUGAUCUUCUUCAGAAGAGGUAUCAGAUCUGUCAACCCAAAGACUGGUAAGGAAAUUCCAUACGACUUGGAAGGUCCAAUCAACUUCUCUGUUUUCCCAGGUCACCAAGGUGGUCCACACAACCACACCAUUUCCGCUUUGGCUACUGCUUUGAAGCAAGCUAACACCCCAGAAUUCAAGGAAUACCAAGUCCAAGUUCUAAAAAACGCCAAGGUUCUAGAAGAAGUUUUCAAAAAGUUGGGUUACAGAUUGGUCUCUGACGGUACUGACUCCCACAUGGUUCUAGUCUCCUUGAGAGAAAAGGGUGUCGAUGGUGCUCGUGUAGAAUAUGUUUGUGAAAAGAUCAACAUUGCUUUGAACAAGAACUCUAUUCCAGGUGACAAGUCUGCUUUGGUUCCAGGUGGUGUCCGUAUUGGUGCUCCAGCAAUGACUACCAGAGGUUUCGGUGAACCUGAGUUCGCUAAAAUUGUUGAAUACAUUGACAAGGCUGUUCAAUUCGCUGCCAAGACUCAACAAUCUUUGCCAAAGGAAGCUAACAGAUUAAAGGACUUCAAGGCUAAGGUUAACGAAGGUUCAGAAGAAUUGGAUCAAUUGAAGAAUGAAAUCUACCAAUGGGCUGGUGAAUUCCCAUUGCCAGUGUAA